UUGUGUUGUUAAGGCGCCAUAUUGGAUCCACCCUGUCUCUUUGUUAAUAGACCUGACUGAAUGGCCUAGUUUUAAAUUGUUCUCACUGAAUAUAGCCAUGUUCAACAGGAAGGUUACUACAGAAUCGUUCCUGGUCACCUACCAGUUCCUUCCGUCUUACAAGUACUCUGAGAAACACUGCCUCUGGGUGGAGAAUCCGGACAGCAUAGCGACCCUCCCGCCGCCCGACCCUCCGCCCACUUCCAGGGCGGAGAUCUUUAAUCCCAUAGAUUAUAGUGAGGUUGACGCGCGAGCAGACAAGACUCCCCAGAACCUGCUUAAGCAGACGUACUCUGACCUGGUGAAAUACCUGACGAAGGACUGUAAGAGUGCACUGGCGAGGGUAAGGAUCAUCUACCGGUGGAUCACGUCCAUACAGGUGGACCAGAUGCUACUGCCGCAGUCCCAGCCCGACCCCAACACGCCGUACUACCAGCUGUGGCGCAUCAAGAACCAGAAGGGAAACUACGCCCAACUAGUCAGCAUCUUGUGCAGACUGUGCAACAUCAUCUGCGUCAUCAUCCACGGCAAGCUAAAAGGCUCCAACUACGACGUCGGCCAGACAAUCGACGACAAAGUCAACUACGGAGAAUGGAACGCGGUGCUCAUAGACGGACACUGGCGACUGAUGGAUGCCUACUGGGGCGCAUGCUCGGUCGGAAGUGACGGUGGAGGGGACUGCCCUGACGAGACGAAUAGGUUUGUGUAUGCCUGCGACGAGAACUAUUUCCUCACCGACCCCAGACAGCUGAUUGCAACCCAUCUUCCUUUUAACAAGGAGUGGCAGCUUAUGAAAGACCCAAUCACUCCAGCGAGAUUCGAAGAGAUGGCUUUCCUCAAGGACAGAUUCUUUGAACUUGGUAUGUCGGUUCUGUCGCACCCUGAAUGCGUCAUCAAAUCUGCUCGUGGCGAAGAGGAGAUAUUCUUUCGGAUUCCUGAAGGGGAAGGGUUACAUCAUUCUUACGACUGUUUGUUAUUCAGACAAGAGACGAACGGCGUUUCUGGAUUAUCGCCCAGAUACGACCGAUACGUAUCCGUUCACAGACCAAACCCCGAUUUACUCAGCAUAAAGAUCCAGUUGCCUGUGGCCGGGACAUUUCGUUUGGAACUGGUUGGCAAAGACAGCAGCAUCAGAGAACCCGGAUAUGAUGACGACUGGAUAGCAGUUUACAAAAUUAUUUUCAGACAGACCGAUGAUGAGACAAAAGCCGCGCAGUUUGCUGACAGAAUUAAGUUGGCAGCAGAAGCUAUGGAUGAGGAGGAAUUGCUGAAAAUUAUAGUCGAGCUCAAAGAUCUAGCUAAAACAGAGAAGGUUCACGGACUACAGCCAAACAGUGAAGCAGAUGAUGACGAACAGAAGGCGAUGACGUCACAGCAGACGUCGGUGAUGACGUCAGACCAGGUGGCGACCGAGCUGAAAAAAGCUGAACGAGAACUUGAAAUUAUCCAGGCGAGGAAAGAACUCGUAGCUGCCAAAAACGCACGUGACCUGAAGCGUCUGACUGCGAUCGUGAACCUCAUAAAAGAGAAGAAUUACGAUUCGUUCAUGGAGGAUGACGUAAAGACGGUCGAGAGACUGAUAGAGAGAUUACGUCACAUCCACCGACUGUCGCAUGACAUCAUACAGAUGGACCAGUCCAUUAUUGCUGAGCUGAAGGGGUAUGCUGCCCCGCCAGAGGUGGUACACAGAGUUCUGAUGGCAGCUUUUUUACUCCUUGGGAAUUUUACCGAUGAAACCAAGGACUGGAGUAAGGUACGGGCGUUGAUGGGUAAAACUGGAAAUGAGUCCUUAAAGCGACGCGUUCAGGAGUUCGACCUUGACUCUGUUGGCCUUGACAUUGCUCUAGGUGCUCGAUACCUACUCCACGGUUGCACCCUCGACGAAAUCCGGAUUAAUGUUAGCGCGGGCGGUGCGACCUUCUUUCUAUGGAUUAAAGGUAUUGUUAAUGAAAUCCUGAUUCGUCACGAAGAAGACGUCCACAAGGUCAGGCCAAGGACGAAAAACUCCGAACGAUACCAGCGACCCAAAACGAGAAAACAUCGUCAAGAGUAGACAGGCUCGGGGAAAACACGGGGUGUGGGUGGAGAAAGUGAUAGGGGUACCCGUCAAUUCGAAAACAAAAACGUCUGUUGCUAAUCUCUCUCUCUCUCUCUCUCUCUCUCUCUCUCUCUCUCUCUCUCUCUCUCUCUCUCUCUCUCUCACUCACUCACUCACUCACUCACUCACUCACUCACUCACUCACUCACAUAUAUAUAUAUAUAUAUAAACGAAACCUCUUCACAACAACUAGACCAUUUUCAACUAAAUUUGAUGGGGAAUUCCCCUGACCUAUGGAAAAACAAAAUCAUGAGUUUGUUCAUUCUGACUUCCAGGAAACUGUGUGGUAUGCAUCCCAUGAGUCUGGUACAUGGGAUCAAUACUUUACUCAGGUGACCGGUCAGGCCCAUCAAGGGUCUUCUGUUCUCGGCGAAAUAAACCAUGUCACAGUAA